AUGCUAGCGGUGAAUGCCGUCGGAUUCUUUUUCACAACCUACAAGUUUCCAUCGAUUAAAAUCAAGUUUGGCGACUAUUUCAAGCAGGUUGGCCAAGCGUUUGCCGAUCUCGGAGCACUCUUUGCGCUGAUCCUCUCGAUUGGAACCGUCGUUCGUAUUCCAUUCCUUUUGUACUCAACGUUUUCAGACUCACAGCAACCCACUGGCAGAUACUCCAAACAAGACACUGUACUUGUCUAUGCCUAUCGUGAAGCCUCUGCCGCCAGAACGUGGGAUGGCUCGACAAUAAAGAUUAUCAGACAAGUUCUCUGGGCGCUGUUGGAUCUCCUGAUGUUUGUUUUGUUCACAAUCUUCAUUGUUGGAACAAUCUAUCGUCUGUAUAUCACCAUCAAGAAGUUGCGCGCACCGAAUAUCCGUGCUGGCGAUCGUAGAUUCGAGGUUCUCAAGCAGAUCUGGUACAUCUUUGUCGAUAUUGUAAUGGUUUUAUUUAUGUUGUUUUUGAUUCCAACUGUCUAUCGUCUGCCAAGAAUCUACAGAAAGCUCAAGUCACCAACCAACAACAAGUCCUAUCGAUACAUCAUCUGGGUGCAAUGGCUCAAGUUGAUGCGUGACAUUCCAUACGGAGCGAUGGCAGCACUCGUCACCAUACUGGUUUGGCGUGCACCCUUUAUGAUUCGCGACUGCAAUGCCGCAACCAAGAAUCAUCAACGUCGUCGUUGUAUUCUCCACCAUUUCGGUUGGUUGUUUGUCGACCUGAUCGAUACUCCAUUCAUCCUGUGUUCGUUCAUCAUCUUGGGAACAGGUUGGAGAGCGUACUUCUUUGUGCGUGGAUUCCCAACGGGUGUAUCGCGAUGGGUACAGCGAAGAUACAUUAUGAAACAAUUCGUGUUCUUGCUACUCGAUAUCCCAACAGCAAUUGCAUUCCUAAUAUUGAUGCUGACAGUCUAUCGAGCACCGACAACCAUUCGACAUCUCAAAGCAGCUAAAAUCUUUAGUUACAACGAAGGUUCAAACAACAACAGCAACAGCAACAACAACACCUCUGUGAAUAUGGAUACAAGCAAUGCUAAUGGUAAUGCAGACGAUGAAGACAAUCCAGCACCUGCAGCCACUGUUUCCUCGACUACGAAUCAAUCGUGGCAUCAGAUUGUUGGUAAACAAUUCUUCUUGUUGAUCAUCGAUAUUCCAUUCCCAGUACUAUUGUUACUCACAAUGUGGCGUCUACCUAUAUUGAUCAGUCGUCUGAGAGAAAUCGAUGAUCCAGCACGUAAAUACGCACAACGUCGUCUGUUGAUUCUACGUUAUCUACUCUAUGUUCUCUUUGACAUACUCUGUAUCGUACCAACACUCAUCAUCUUUAUCACCCUCUGGAGAAUACCAUCGUUUAUCAAAGUGAUUCGUGAGUACAAACGUGGCGACAACGAACACAGAGAAGUAGCGAUCGUUUUCCAAAAUCUCAUCAUCGAUAUACCAUUCGUAAUUCUCGGACUCUUCACAAUGAUAUUCCCAUGGAGAGGUAUCUAUCUCGUUAGAGCUGUCAUCAAAGAUUGUAAGACCGACGGAGAGUCAAGAUUAAUGGCACUCAGAUACUUUGGUAUUAUGUUUAUUGAUAUUAUAUCAUUUAUAUUCAUGUUGGUGAUAUUAGUUACUGUUUGGAGAAUACCAACAUUCAUAAAGGUAUUGAAAGCUGAAUUGAAGAGAGAAGUCAGAAGCAGCAAGUGGAAAGAGACUCAAGCAGUGAUAGAAGCAUCCGGUAUGACUUUGAUCUUUAUUCUAUUGGAUAUGUUGGGAUUCAUGCAAGCAUUGGUCAUCUUAAUUUGUAUUACAAGAGUUAAACUCUGCUGGCAAGCAAUCAUGAAAGAGAAAUCUGCAUCAAAGGAAAAGUUUGAAAUCCACGACAUUCGUCCAUAUCUUUCAUUCUACUUUAUGGAAUCACUUAGAGAUCUACCUCACCUUGUAUUUGCACCAAUCAAAGCAGUAGGUUUAGUAUUCUUCCCACUACACCUUUACCUCUCAAAGAGAACAAAGACACCAACCAAUUCAUUCUUGAAUCUUAUUUUAAUUUGGUUACAUGAAUGUUCUAUUUCAUUCCUUGACUAUUGGGAGUUUGAUAAGUUUGCUGUCUUCAAUAUUGUAGGUGCAUUAAUUAGUGUUCCAAAUGAAUUGGGUAUUGCAAUGGUAGGAAUCAAUAGUGUCUAUAUGUUUUUGGUUACUCUUGGUUCGCCAUUGUGGAACCAGAAGCGUAUCAAUGCCAAUUGGACACAGCUUGGAAAAGCUCAAGGUCCAAUGGUUAUUCUCGAGUAUAUCACUGUUAUCCUACAGGCAUUGUUCUUCCCCGUCUUCCUAUUCAUGCAAGGUAUCCUCUUGAUGCUGCCAAUCAUCAUUUCUCUUGGUGCCUACAACGUAAAGAAUCUUGGCUUCGCCGACUACUGGCAUGCUUUCUUCUCGAAUCGUGCGUUCUGGCACGACAACACCAAGCAAUUCUCUGUUGGAAUCUGGUUUGCACAGGCAUUCUGGGUGCUCGUUAUGAUCGUGUGUUGGAACGUAACUUUCUUGGUAGGAAAGAAAUUCUUCCCAUUGUUCUCACCGUGGAAGGCAUACUAUUGGUUGUUGAAGAAGGUGUUUGUCGGUAGAUUCUGGGGAUUCUACAAGAUGCUCCUUGCCAAACCAACCUAUGUAUGUUAUCGUCUGCGUCGUGCCUGCUUCAUCGGUGAAUUCCUCAUGUUCCCACUCUUCUUGAUCUGGACUUGCUGGCCAAUCAUCAUUCCAAUCGUCACUAAGAUAUACUAUAUCUUUAUUCCAUCCGGUCUGCUCACUGGAUUCCUCAUCUUUAUGAGUUAUCGUAUCAUUAGAAACAAUUGGGGUGAGCCAGUGAUUGCCGAUGCCACCCCAAAGGUUGCGCUUACCGGUGUGUUUGUCGAUGUCCCAGAGGACGGUGGAAUCAUCUUUACCUUUGAAGGACAGAAAGAUCCAAACUUUGUUAUUGCCGAUUCCGCUUUGUCGUUGGUUGGCGAUGAGAUUUGGAAGACCAUUGAAAACGCCAUUGGAAAAACCAAGGUUCGUGCCGCUCUCAUGUUCACUGGCUAUCCAAUUUCACUGUGUCCACAAUUCCUCAAGAUCGAAGAGGUCAACCAACAACGCUCGAACAUCACCUUCAAGAUUGCCAUUGGUACAGCUGGCUCUGGAUUGCUUCUACAAAAAGAAAGUACUCAUAAAGACAGUCAACAAUAUUAUGAAGCAUGGUAA